ACACACAAUUAGCAUUACACUAUAGAUUGUUGUACAUUUAGAAUCCCAUUGUUCCCUUUUAAAUACUUAUCCCGAUAUCUUAGCCUUUCAUAGCAAUAUAGCAUCAACAUUUAUAUCAUUAAUUUGUUUCAUUUCAAGGGUUAACUGUCACCUUAGUACCUAGACGUCUCCUUAGCUAGUUGUUUCACAACGAUGUCGAAGGUUCCGAAUAGCUAUUUGCACGAGCCUUUCUACCAGCAAGCCUGGGAUCCGUUCCAGGAAUUCAACUUCGGGGGCACUCUGGUUGCGCCUCGUCCUGCUUUCUCCUCCGGAUCACCGUUCGCGCUGGCGAACCUGGACUGGAAAGAGACCCCAGAAGCUCACGUGCUCAAAGCGGAUCUUCCAGGGCUGAACAGGAACGAAGUGAAGUUGGAAUUGGAGGACGGGAGGAUCCUCUGCAUCAGCGGGGACAAGAGCUCGGAGAAAGAAGUGAAGAGCGACAAUUGGCACCGCGUGGAGUGGAGCAGCGGCUCGUUCGUGAGGCGGUUCAGGUUGCCUGAGGAUGCAAAGGUUGAUAAGCUGACGGCAUAUUUGGAGAACGGGGUGCUCACCGUGACAGUUCCUAAAAAAGAAGCCAGGAAAGGCAACCAGAAAAGAACCAUUCAGAUCCUUGGCUAGUGUGAGAGAUUCUGCUUCUGCUUUAAGAAUUUCAUGAGGGAAAUGAGAGGUUUGAGAGUUAAAGCCCAACUAUUAAGACUUCAUGAUCAUAUAAAA